GCACAGAAAUGAGUCCUGCCAGCAGCGUCCAUUCCCUUCCAGUGAGCCCAGGCACUGAAAAACAACUUCUGUCUAAGGAUGUAACGAAAGGUGAACGAUCCUCGCUCAUGCUACAGCUUAAAGAAAAAGACGACUUGAUUUUGAAGCUUCAGGAUGAGCUGGCAAAAGCGCAGAGUUUGGAAAAAUCUGUUUCCCACAGAAUGGACAAAUCUACACAAACGGAAAUCAUUGGCCAUGAUGGCACGGCUUAUGGAAGUGCUCCUGUACCUUCUCGCAGACAACUAUGUUAUAUGUCUAAACAGACCUAUGAACCAAAACCUCAACUCAAGGGACAGAAGGUUAGUGCAUACUCCCAUAGAGGACCAAUUUAGCCGACCAUCUUCAGACAGACCAGUCACCUGCGAGAGCAAAAUCUGCCAGGCACCCAGCUUGUACUUCAGCAACCUUUUAAAACAACAAGAGGCAUCGCAUGCACCCCAACACAAGACUGCUGUACCUACUGCCAGUCUCACACACAACCACCGAGGUAGCCGCUCCGACACCAGCAGCCUCUACCGGAGCAAAAGCAAUCAAGUGUCUGACACAGAGAGCUUUCCUGUUGUCUCUGCUUGUCAGAGGGAGAAGAUUGCUUUGCCCAAGCAACACUCCACUUUCAAAGGCAGGCUUGGACAACCUCCAAGGGGACCCCUCUCCUUGCACAUGUACAGCAGGAAGAAUGUCUUUCUUCAGCACACUUUACAGACUGCAGAGCUGCAGAGUCUCAGCCCACAUGAUGUGUGAACUGUAUUGAAAGUUUUCUCCCUCAUCCCUUUCUACUAAUUCAUAAAAAUAAUGUGAUUAAGGCAUGUGGGAAAUGCUUCUGUGUUGUAAUUGCCAAGCCUCCUGUCACUGCUCCUUUUAAUGUUAUCAAAAUCUGCUGUUUCUGCUUCCCCCUAUAGCAACAAAAACAGAUUCCUAUGUUAAUAGUUGCCAUUCCAUUUAUGGCACAAUUACAACAAACUGUAAUUUGUUAAUAUUACAGAUUCUACUCAAUUUGACACUAGGCGGCAGGGGGUUACAGAUUUGUAGUAAAAUCUGAAUUUUUGUGGCACGUUUAAGGACUAUCAUGAAAGUCAUGUAUAUGAAAAUAUGUUUCCAUUUAAGCUUAGUUUGGAUUUUUUUUUUGUUGUUGCUCCAAGUGCUAUGAUUCACUACUCUAUUAAUUCAAUUUUUUGUACAGACACAUGCUAAAAUGGAUGCUGCUCUGUUGUUUAACCACAUUUAUAGAAAAUGUAUUUGUACAUUGUCCUUUUCAACACAUGUUUUAACCCUUUCCCCUAAAUACUGCUGUAUCAAGAAUGAGCAGUUAAAUAGUUAAAAAAAAAAAAAAAAAAGUCACCAGCAAAGAGCUGCUAAAAGUUGUAAUUGCAUGCUGUCCGCGGUCAACAGCUUUCUUUACUGUGCAUUGCCCCUUGUCCUAUCAAUAGCCAUUUAAAAGGUGAGAGCUUUAAAGCUGAACACUUCAAUGUUAAACAGCAACAGCAGCAUGAUAUUUAAUUGUAGGAAGCAUCAGUGCUGCCAAAACUUUUUAACUUGCUUUUAAAGAAAUAAAAAAAAUUAAAACAUUAAGAGAUAU